AUGCCCACUUCUACUCGCGACGAGCUCUCGGCCUUGUCACCAGAGUACCUUGCUGAGGAAAAUAACACCCAACCACUUAUAGGCACCUGUAUUGCCUUCAUAGUGAUACCCACUGUGGUCUAUGCUAUGUUCCUCGUGUCGCGGAUAUUCUGCGCAAGUCGGAAUGGUUGGGAGGUCUGGGCACUAUAUCCUCUCUCUUAUCUGCUGACCAUAGCAUCUUGCAUCAUUGGCAUCGCACCGGUCCUGUCCGGAGCCGUAGGUCGACAUAUGGCGUAUUAUGAACUCAACGAUCCAUCGGCCAUCAUCCUAACUCGGAAGCUACAAACGGCCGUUGAGUUCAUAUACAUGGCCAGCGUAACUAUCCCCAAAGUCACUAUGCUGCUACUCUAUCUUCGAAUUUUCACCCAACGCAAGGUCCGUGUUGCCACCUGGAUCGUUUUGGGUGUCGUAGUUACGAAUUACUUCACGUCGGGUGUCAUUGUGAGCUUCACCAUCUGUCAACCGUUCGCGUUCAAUUGGGACAAGUCAAUCGAAGGAGGCAGAUGCGCACAUCUCAUGACUGCCUACCGACUGAUUAGUAUCCCUAACGUCGCUACCGACUUGGCCAUCUUAGCCCUGCCGCUCCACCCCCUCUGGCACCUGCCGAUGAGCCAGACUCGGAAGAUCGGCGUAAUCCUGACCUUUAUGACGGGAGGCUUGGGAAUAAUCACCGCUAUCAUUCGCCUCGUGGCGUUCUACACGGUAGACUUGGUCUCGGACCCGACAUACCAGUGCGUUUACAACAUGAUAUUCACCAUCAUUGAACCCGGGGCAUAUUUCAUCUGCUCCUGCCUGCCAGGCAUACGUGCCCUCCUGCAGGCGGUGCUGAGACUUCCGAGGAACACAGACAGUGAUAGCAGCAGUAGCAACAGCCCCUUUUCCAAGACAGGGGUACCAGCCGACCAUCAACGCAGCCUCGACAUCCCCCUAGGCAAUCCGAUUGGGGACCACAGGACGUCAGUCUCAGCGACGAGGGGUUCGGGAUUCAUUGAUAAGACCGACGAAAGGGCUGGCUUCAUCCGCCUGGAGCAGGUAGUGGAAAUGAACAUCACCUCAGCCAACGCCGCUCAGGAGCACCGUGAGAAUUUUACCAGCCGACGUGCUAUGCGACAUGGCGCGUCUAUAUUUCAGUCGCACAUUGCGAGCACCAGGUCAUGCCUCCCGUUGAGACAUACGGCACUCGGCCCGAGUAAAGCUCUACUUGACCCCUUCCCGCAGAGAGACUUGCUAUAUGUCUAUCUCUAUGUGACGGCCUCGUUCAAUGUCGACUUGGCCUCGUUCAAUGUCGACUUUCACAUGAGUUCUCUCAGCAGAUCAACUAGCUGUGCCAAGACUCUCAGCCCAUGGUCACAAGGCUCAAUGAGAGUGGGCGGCAGCGCCGAGCCAGCAAUGGAGAUCAGGUUUCUUGGAAGCGUGUCUGGUGUGCUGGUCAGAUAUAGUUCAGAAGCUCCAGGGCGAGCAUGGUGGCAUGAGUAUUUUUCAAGGAAUUGGGAUUGA